ACCCACUUCUCCUUCCAUCCACAUAGGUCCCCCGUUGCAGUAAUACCAAGCCAAACUAUGUGAAAACAGAUCCAUGUUGGUAACCAAUUCCCAAAUCGAUAUGUCCGCCGAAGACUUGGCGCUCUCCAACCACCCUGCCUGAGUCGCAAGGAAACUCCAUAAUCAGCCCUGAUCAUUCCAUACCAGUAUUGACGGGUGUGCAUGACCAAUCAAGGUGUCCAUAGAUAAAAGAGGGACCUUGUUUCGUACUGGCAGUUUGUCACAACAUCCUAUACCGAACCGACCUUAUAAAUACUGUAAGCCAUUUCUGCUCCCUACACCGACAAGCGAGGGCUCCGUCCGGAAAUCUAGCCCAAAUCACUGGAUUAGAAAAGCACCAUGGCUUCUCAGCAUGCUUCCGUCCGACAUGGUUUGCUCCUCGCCAUUUCAACGGCCGCUGCUGGUGUCUCUGGGACCAUCACCGCAGGUCCUGUACAGCCGAGGCAGGCGACCCCGUCGGUAACGGCCAUUAGCGGGUGCCAUAUGCACCAGACAGUUCAAUACUGCAUGGUGGGUGUCACGGAAUACCGCAUCCUUGCGACUGGAACUGCAACGACCGGCCUGCCCGCCUCGUAUACGGACUGCCAUGCCCAUGCCACCCAGACCUGGUGUAUGAAUCCAAAUGGAGGCGAGGUCCAGAUUGUCUUGGCCGAGGACGCAGGGGGUGGCAGUCAAACCACGAACGCACCAACCCCGACCGCAGCAAGCAAAACCUUCACAGCUGUCACUGAUUGCCAUCUGGAUCAAACAGAGGUCCUUUGCUCAGCGGAUGCGACCGAGUAUCGAGUAGACACAACCGCGACAGCCACGUCGGAUAUUCCGCCAGCGUAUACUGGGUGCCACACCCACGGAUCAGAGACCUUCUGCCUCACCCCUUCCGGAGAUGACGUCCAGGUUCAGCUUGCCAGCGAAGCUCACGACGACAGUGGAGCCAACAAACCGGCCGGGGAGAAUUGUCAUUUCCAUGCCGGUGUUGAGCAUUGCGUUGGAGCUGGGGGAGAAGAUGGUCCACGCAGCUGCGGGCGGAUAGACCGAGAAUACAACGUGCCUCUCCGAGUUGGCCUGUUAUUUGUCAUCUUAGUAACCAGCGCUAUCGGGGUCUUCGGCCCAAUCGUCCUCUCCAAGUACCUGUCCGCCAAAGCAAACACAGCUCUGUUAAUCAUCAAGCAGUUCGGCACAGGUGUCAUCAUGUCUACGAGUCUGGUACAUCUGUUUACACACGCAGAGCUUAUGUUUGGCAACGAGUGCCUCGGCGAGCUUCAAUAUGAAGCCACCACUGCUGCCAUCAUGAUGGCCGGGAUAUUCAUAUCCUUUCUUGUCGAAUACCUCGGCUACCGCCUCGUCAAAUGGCAGGCGAACAAGAAGAUCCAAGACAACGAGACGUCCUCAGCAUCACCCCAGCAAAGCCUGCAAUCCCUCCAGAAACUUGAGACAGUCAGCAUCUAUGUUAUGGAAGCAGGCAUUAUUUUCCACUCUCUAAUCAUCGGCCUCACCCUUGUCGUGGCGGGCGACAGCUUCCUGCUCACUCUUUUUGCCGUGAUACUGUUCCACCAGAUGUUCGAGGGGCUUGCCCUCGGGACGCGAAUUGCGGCCAUGGGUUCCCGGCCUGCCUCCAUCACCAGCAUGGUAUUCCACAGCCAUCACGGCCACCAGCACGCCCUCCCCGUGAACGUCCCUUCGGGAAAGAAAGACGCCAGCACCGAGGGUCCCGAAACGGAAAAUAAUUCAACAUCCGGGCCACUUGCUCCGUCGCCACCCUCUUACCAUGUAUCUAUGGCCAAGAAGUUGUCCCUGGCCGCGGCCUUUGCCCUCGUCACGCCGCUGGGCAUGGCCAUCGGGAUCGGCGUGCUGCACCAGUUCAACGGCAACGAUCCGCAGACCAUUGUGGCAAUCGGCGUGCUGGACGCCUUCUCAGCGGGCAUUCUCCUUUGGGUCGGCGUCGUCGAGAUGUGGGCGGCCGACUGGGUCCACGCCGGUGGCGCACUCACCGAUGCGGGUUUGGCUACCACGUGCAUAGGCUUGGGUGGGUUGGUUGCUGGUAUGAUUGUCAUGAGCGUACUGGGGAAAUGGGCUUGAGCAAUUGACUGGGGGUCUCCGUUCUGUUGUGGCUGGCGGCGGCAAGAUUUGCGCUUCCGGCUCUGAGAUGCAAUGGAUAGUACUUAGAGGCACGCAGGAUACUUCUUUGACAUUGCUGGUGGCCGAGGAAAGGCUAUCUAGAACGGUACAAUGGCUUAGGAUAAUUUAAUUGAGUUAUAGAGCUCACCAGGAGUGAUAUUAGACGAGAUAUCGGCAUUGACCAGUGCCCCUAUGUUGGUGUAGUAAUACUCGAUUGGGCACUCACUGGCGAUUCCACCGUCAGCUCCAAAUACAUGUCAAAUAGU